UCCUCCCUCCCCCGUGGAAGUCUUGUCAGCUGAACAGCAGCGCCGAGCGCGCCUCGCUUCCCCGCGCCGCCUCGCCUGCCUCACGCCCGUAACUCCCGCGCCGCGUCCUCGGGGCGCUCCCGCUGCGCUGCUCGGGGGGAAGGUAAGGGAAAGCGUCUUGCUCAGCCAGCCCGCUCGUCCCCGGCCGCCCUGCUUCUCCCUCCCUCCCUCGCCACCCCAGAGGAAAGUUAAGGCGGGGGAGGGCAGCGGGAUGGCGUCGGGGGAGGAGAGCUCGUCUGUCAUAACAAGUUGCUGAACGUGCUCCUGUCGGAAUCGCGCCUUGCAGCAGCAGCAGCACCCGAAACCAAAGGCUGCUGCGAGGCUCGGGAAGGGGCCGAAGCGGAGAGUUAACUUUCUCUCCCGCGUCCCCGCCGCCUCCUAUAAUUAAGGAACCUGCGUCGAGUCAAGGGAAGCUGGGACUUCCCAUCACUGGAAAGGGGCAGGAAGGUGUCCUGGCGAUGGUGCCUGGGAGCUUCGCAAUGGGGAACCGAGCGCAGCACCACCACCACCUCAUCCUGUUGGGUGUCUCUUGCAUUUAGCUGCUGCGUCGCUUCUUCCCUGCCGGGCUUUUUUCUAGCAUGUCGCUAGUUUUUGACGAAAGGCUCCUUGUCCGGAGGAGCGCCCGUUCCGCCGGCUCCUUACUCCCGGGGUGGCUCGGUCGGCUUCCGCUUUUGAAGCUUGCUCGGAUCAUUCUUAUAUAAGAUGUCACAGGAGGAGGAGAUGGAGGAGCGACGCACGUCCUGGAUGUGGCGAAGGGAAAGCUGGGCGCUCGCUCGGUGUUGACGGCGCCGAUGGGCCACGGCCCCGCGGACGCACACAAACACACACACACACCUGUCUGAUCUCAAAAGUGAAACUGACAUGCUGAUAUUACACCUGAUCUCGCGGGUGACGUAAAGGGGAGCGUUGAAGGCAUUCAGGACUGAAGCGUCCCCCCCUUCAGGCUCCUGGUGCCCAUCUCCCUGGGCGCAUAGUUGUUCUCACCACCCCCGCACUUUCGUCAUAAAGGAAAUAGGGAAUAAAUAUUUGAGGAAUUGGGGAAGUGGGUGAAGGGGAAGAGAAUCCGGCGCCGUUCCGAAUCCGGCCGAUUCAGAAGGACCUUCGGUGUAAAGUGGUUUGUGGAUUACAACCCACGUGUGUUUCUGCUUGUUAGUAUGGCCCGGAGAUGGUGACUGAAUGGAUGAAUCAUCAGUUCCACGGAAUAGUGACUCACCUCGCUGUUUGUGUGUGUGUGUGUGUGUGUGUGUGUGUGUGUCUCGAGUGAGAGAGAGAGAGUCCGAUGGAAUCACACACACACACAUUGUAAAAAGAUACUAAUUGUCCAAAAGCUGUUUUUAUUUUAUGGUUUUCACCAUUUAAUUGUCACAACAACCCUGUGAGGUAGGUCAGGCCAACUUUAUGGAAACUCCUGUGGACUAUUUAAGACUUUGAUUGCCUUCUUGGCGAAUGCCUUGGUGAUGCUAUGGACUAUAAGAAAAUGUUGAAUAAUGAAUCAUUAAGGUUGAAAGCUUCAAAAGAAAUUCAUGACCAUGUUGUAAGACAUGGUAUAGUAAAGUGGCAAGAAGACACCUGAUGCAGCCACCUUGCUGAAGCUUGGCAGGUCUGAGUCUUCCCAGUACCUGGAUGGAAUACUACCUGAGAGCGCUGUGUUUCACGAUGGAAGGAGAGUGAGAUGUAAAUGAAAUACAUAAGCAAGCACCCCUGUAGGAUCAAAGUAAAUUCCAUAAAUGUACAGUCUGCAGUUAGUGCCCUACAACUGUGGUUUGGGAUUUAUUUAUUGGUAUUUGAUAAAAAAAUGUAUGCCACUGAACUGUUGAAACUCCUAAGCAGCUUACAUAACAUGCAGACAUCCCCAAACUUCAGCCCUCCAGAUGUUUUGGACUACAAUUCCCAUCUUCCCCGACCACUGGUCCUGUUAGCUAGGGAUCAUGGGAGUUGUAGGCCAAAACAUCUGGAGGGCCGCAGUUUGGGGAUGAAUGCAUAACAUGUAAGAGAAACUAUUUAUAAAGGUCAAAAGUUUAAAACAACUCCAAAUGUGAAUAGAAUCAGUAGUUUAAAUACUGUACCUAUUAAAAUACAUUUUGCAUCUGAUUAGGCAUGCCUAAACAAAAAGCUUUUUAGCAGGUGCUGGAAAUAAUGCGACCAAAGUGCCUGUCCAGUAUCUGUGCAUAGGAUGGGCCACAUGGCCCCAGUAGGACUGUAACUAUGCAAAAUAGUACUACUGCACUACUACUACUACUACUACUACUACUACUACUACUACUGUUUUUUUGUCGGCAUGUACUUUGCCCAGUUCCUUUGCUUCUGGUGGUUCUCUGGUGGUUUCUGAUGAACUGACUAAGGCCUUAUCCAGACUUCCUUUUGUGCUGUGCUUUCCAGGCACAGGCCUGUGCCUUUCAGAUCAGUGUCUGAGCGGGUUUUGUUUUGUUUUGCUUUUUGCCCCCACACCUUUCUCCAGGAAACCCCACUGUUUACCUGCUGAAUCAGAACACACAGCAAACAGGUUUUCUGCAGAUUGUUGCUUGUUUCCAUUCAGCCUUAACAGCGUGUUUUCCUGGUGAAACCAGGUGGACUUACAAAGUGUAGACCUGCGCCUGGAAAGCAUAGCACAAAAGAAAGUCUGGAUGAGCUGUGGCAGCAGAGGACCAGGUGUGGGGGGGUUAAGGCCUCCCCAGAACAGGCACCAGCAAUGGGUCCUGCUAUGGCCCUGGCAGAUGUGUCCAAGGAUGUUGAGUGCUGAUGCUAGCCCUGGCUGUGAGAAGAGUUGGGAAGAGGGAGGGAGAGAGAGCCCACAGCUGCAGAAUAGACAGACUGGAGAUGUGCAGUCUGUUGCUAGCUCUGCUAUAGCCAAGAGUAGGAAAGUGGAAGCUGGGAGAAAUAAUGCAGUGGCAAAAGAGAAGGGAGGACUAGCCCAAGAUGUUCUGCAGGUGCAAUUCAGAGGCCUAGAUGGGCGCUAUACAGAAAUGGGAUGAGUCUGGCCACUACCAAAGUUUGGUGUACCAAACAAUGCUCUCCAGAUCUAAUUGCUGAAGUGAGUUACCACCUUUAAGGAAAGACAAGCCAUUGAGUUAAAAGGGUCUUUGAGCCAAGAGCUGUUUUAAGAUGGAGAGCAUCCUGUGACAUUGCCCUGUGACUGUCCACAAAAGCCAAGUACUGUACAAGCAUCAUCAACGUCAGUGCUGCAUGGCUCAGAAUCAGGCAGAGUGCAAGCAUGUCAAUAGUGGGACUCUGGUGGCUAAUUAACCAAGGCUUUCAGGCUACUGCAAAUACAGACAAGUCUGCACAGAUCUGUGUGCCUAACAUAGAGUGGCCAUUUGCUGCAACAGGUCUGCAUGGUGGACUUGCACAGUUGCAUGUUGCAGAAGCCUGUAUGUCUGUGAAAGCAACCAAUUGUACCAUGGCAGCCACGAAUGCUGGAUCAGAACAGCCAUCUAAAUUCUGUCAAAUCAAUUGCCCCAUUAAAGUUAAAACAGCAUUGCCUAAUGCCAGAUAUUACUUGGAAAAAAGAAAUACAGGUAGUCGUGCGAUAAUGCCUAUUGGUUUCAUUUAGACUGGACUAUUAUUGAUUAGUCAAUUCCAGAAAAUGAGAGGCAAAUAAUUUUGUAGAUCUUUUCCCUUUCGUAAAGCAUGACUUCUGAAUGUGUUGGUAAGAAAGGGUGGGAGGAAGGGAGUGUUCUUUACCAUAUCUUUUUAAUUUGUAGAGCAGUGCUACCGGUAGCUACAGCAUGAUAGCUUUUUGUCAUUUAAUGCAAAGACACAGAAGACCAAAGAACUGGUCCAAAUACUGUCUUGUGUCACAAACAACCAUUGAAGCUGGGUUAGAAAGUACAUACAGGAGGCUGGAGAAGUCAGUUGGAGUUGGGCACAACCAGUCAGAGUGUACCAGUUGAGAUGUUCUACAAAUAACCAGCUGCACAAAUAAAAGAGGGAUAAACUUGGCUUGCCAGCAAUACACGUGAAAAGGAUCUAGGGCAAGCACCCCCAAACUUUGGCCCUCCAGAUGUUUUGGACUCCCAUCUGCCCCAACCACUGGUCCUGUUAGCUAGGGAUCAUGGGAGUUGUAGGCCAAAAACAUCUGGAGGGCCGCAGUUUGGGGAUGCCUGAUCUAGGGGGUCUUAGUAACAAUAGUCAGCAACAAAAAACAGUAAUGCUGUUCUAGGCUGCAGCAGCAGCAACAGAAGUCUGGUGUCCUGAUCAAGGGAAGUAACAGUCCCAUUUUAUUCUGCCUUGGUCAGACCACACCUGAAGUACUGUGUCCAGUUCUGGGCACCGCGAUUGAAGAAGGAUAUUGACAAGCUGACAGAGGAAGCCAACCAAGGUGAUCAAGGGUCUAGAAAACAAGCCUUAUGGGGAACAGUUGAGGGAGUUUGGUAUGAUCAGCCUGGUAAAGAGGAGGCUGAAAGGAGAUAGGAUAACGAGCUUCAGAUAUCUAAAGGUUUGUCUUAUGGACGGAGCAAGCUUGUUUUCUCCUGCUCUGGAGGGUAGGAGCCAAAUCAAUGGCUUCAAGAAAGGAGAUUCUGGCUAAACAUCAGGAAGAACUUUCUGACAGUAAGAGCUGCCUGACAGUGGAAUGGACUUCCUCAGAAGGCGAUGGACUCUCCUUCCUUGGAAGUUUUUAAGCAGAAGUUGGAUGACCAAUGACCAUCUGUCAUACGAUUUAGCUGAGAUUGUUGCAUUGCAGAGGGUUCGACUGGAUGACCUUUGGGGUCCCCUCCAACUCUACAGUUCUAUGAUUCUAUCUAGGAGUUUUGUUGACAUCACUAUCUUUGACCUUAUUUCUGAUGCACUUCAAAGGAAUCUACCGGUACUUCCAUUUGGCAGCAUCUAAUCUCUGGAGCCUCCUGCCCUUUGAUAUUUGAAAGCACCUUGGAUGUAUUGCUUCCAGCACCUCCUAAACACUUUUUUGUUUAGAAAGCUUACCCAGGCUACUUUUUUUACUUGUUUUCUGACAAAUAUUAGAACAACUUUUUUUUACCCUUUUCUCAGCACGCUAAUGAAUAUAUUAUUUCAUAUUAACCGCUUAGAUGUUUGCGAUGAUUGAGCAGAAUAUAAAUCCUGCAAAGUAAAAAUAAGUGUUAAAAUAUUCAAAGUGUCUGUAGAGUGGGACCAAAAGUAGCAAGAUUUUCUGUAACUGUAAGGUUGCCAUACAUUUGUUUUGACUGAGAAUGGAAGGACUGCUGAUUUCCUGUUUCAACGGAAAUGGAUGAAAACCCAACCAUAAUUCUCCUGUUUCUGGGGAAACCCCCCAUGACUAGUCCUGAUAGGACUGCAAGGUUGAGAAGGAAUGGGGCAGUGAACAAUGCAAAUUCCAGAGAUCUGCUGUGCAUUAGACUCUGUCUGUAAUUGUGUUUGGCUAUAGAGACCCUUACUGUAGGUUUGGCUUUAAAAUCCAGUCCACUUCCAUUUGAAGGUUCUCAAAUCCACUGGCAGAAGUAAUUGAAUUAGGCACCUACUGUAUUCUAGUGACAACAUCCUGGUAAUGUGUCACAGGAUAGGUACUUUGCUGUUCCAUUUUUCCUAGGGAAAGAGGAGUGUUGCUUUAUUUAAAAAGUGUACAGUUGUGGCAAAUUUUUCAAACUUCAUGUGGUUGCCAAUUCUCAUCUCAUAUUGUUCAUCUUGUAUUGUUCUCUUAGUAUGAAAACUGCCCAUACUGACACUGGUUGUGUGGGAGUCUGGUGGAUCUGAAAGAUGCACAGCGUCCUUUGUCAGUUCAAAGUGACCAUGUUGCCUAUUUUUUCCUUUAACCAUUGUCUUUAUUUGGCUUAUUAUCUGUGACCCUAACUGUGAUUUUGUUCUCAUUAGUGGCAACCCUGCAAGUUCACGUAGUUAAAGCAGAACCCACUGGCUAGCAAGAAAAAGUUGCAAAGCAGGUCAGAACAGCCAUAUUUGAUGUGGCAAAGUUGUCUGCAGUUCCACGAAAGCAGAGAAGCCUCCCUGAAUGCAGUAACGAUAAACUUUGUUUCCUGUUCGUAUAUCAUUGAUAUGGCAAUUGUACAACUGUGGGCAGCUAUACCGACCUGACCUCUUAUACUACCGUAUUUACUCAAGUCUAAUGCACCAUUGAAUCUAAUGCGCACCUCAGUUUUCAGAACCUUAAAACCAAAAAAGGUAUUUGCUGGUGAAUGUAAAUGUGCCAUUGGAUCUAAUGCGCACCUUGAUUUUCACAACGUAAUUUCGCCCAAAAAAGGUGAGCAUUAGAUUCAAGUAAAUACAGUAUGUCAGUUUCUAGCACUGUGCAACAUGCUCUGGUGUUGCACUAGCAGAGCAGGCACUAUGCCUUUAGAAUCGUAGAAUUGUGGAGUUGGAAGGGACCACAAGGGUCAUCUAGUCCAACCCCCUGAAAUGCAGGGAUCUUUUUGCCCAGCAUGGGGCUCAAACCUAUGACCCUGAGGUAGUCUCAUGCUCUACCAACUGAGCUAUUCUGCAGGCUCUAAUGUUAUGUUAGAGGGUUGCAACAGAGGUGAAGGGCAGAUGGGCAGGGUCCGGCUGCUAGUGAUACUUGCUAGUAUCAACACUUCCAAAUAAUCAUUUUAGUCUGGAGUAGUAGAAAUUCAUUGGUUAUUCUUCCAUCGUUUGAUCCUGCAGCUUUGAUCCUGCGCAGGUGUAUGGCAGGAUGAGGCCAUAUGUCAAUAUAGCCCUGCUGUUCAGGAACAUUACAAGGAAACUUCACACACCUGUAUGGUCAUUGCCAACUGUGCUGGGUACUAGUGGCCUCGGUACAUCACGAUGGAAGGUUGUUGUGAAUGUAGCAUAGGCGUAGCCAGGAUUUUUGUUGGCCGGGGGGGGGGGGCAGAACCUCAGUUAGCUGUUCCUUUUUAUUGAUUUCUAUUGAUUGGGGGAGCUGCCCCUCCCUGCCCCCCUUGGCUAGUACGCCCAUGGCAGGCAGCAACAGGAGGUGAGAUGGUAUGCUAGCCUCCAGCGGUCGCUUUAUGGUGAAGAAAAUUCUCAUCCACACUGUUAAGUACCAGGAAGCAGCAAUGGAGGCAAGGCUUGUGCUGAAGCUGAUGCCAACAGAGCCCUUGUCUGCACAACUAUGAUUAUCCAGUCAAAAACCAUGUAGCUGUAACCCGCAUGAUUCUUGGCUGCAGCCGAACCUUCCUAUCCUACACCUCCCAGGGCUAAAAGAUAUGAGCAAGAAUCCCGCCUGGUUACCAUGGAACGAUGCUGGGUGCUUUCACCCAACGAAGGACCUUGUCAGCCACCACUGGUUACAUGACACAGGAAUAGUGGAGAUAUGAUAUAUAAGGUCAUGCACAUCCAACUGGCUAAUAUAGGCUGUGGGCAGAAAAUCAAGAUAGUCUUGAAAGUAAUCUCUAAUCACAGGAUGUUGUGUUGGAAAAAUCAAAGUAUUAAACAAGGUAACUUUGCUCUCAGCACAAGAAGAUCAAACAAGUGCCGAAUAACACGAGACUUUUCUGCCUUUCCAGACAGCACAGUAUUUUGGAUUCUUACCUGAACGUAGCUGUCUUUAAUGCUCACAGUUUUGUAUAUGUUGAGAUAAGAUUUCAUCUAACACAAACCUUCCUGGGCCAGAAGACCCCUACGUUACUCUGUUCCAUUCUUGUUUUGCAAUGAAAAAGGGAUGAGAAGAGGCAAGGUCAUACUUAUUGCAGAUAAUUUGGUUCUCCUUAAUGUUCCCAGAAAGAUGAGGUAAUCUACACACGAACUCUCUAAUUCCUCCCAAAGGUCAUACUGAAUUCCAUGUUGAUUUUUAUACCUGAUAAUAAAAUCCUGUGACUGGUGAAGGUCAGAAGGAAUUAUUUAGAAACAGGUGAAUUCCACAGACUGGGCUCAAUGGAAGUAAUAAUAAGGCAUUAUAGUAUUGGCAGAGACUAGUGGUCUGUGUGUGUGUGUGUGUGUGUGUGUGUGUGUGUGUGUGUGUGUGUGUGUAACGCAGGGGUAGAGGCAAGAAGCUGUUGUGGCUGUUUAACAAGACUCAACAUGAACAGUAGUUACCGUAUCUGAACUCAGGAAAACUGCAGAGUUGUCUGUCCUCUUUAUGAUUUUACCGAAUUAGUAGUAGUUUUUCCAAAGAAUCCUGUGCUUCAUGAGUAGACACUCAGACACCAUAUGCUAACUACAAGUAGUCCAUCUUGCGGGGGGGGGGGGUGUAGACUUGUAAUCAUUACUCAUAAGCAGCAAUGAAUACUGUUGUUUUCUCUCAUCAUCUCUGUAGAAGAAAAGAUGGCAUGCAGGUGACAUACGUUAUAUCUUGAAGCAGGCCUUUCACCUAAUUAUGCUUUAGGAAAGGUAAAUGGGUAGGAAGGGCAUUUCAGUAAGGGCAGAGAAGAAGAAGCACCCUCAAUUUUUACUCCAUGGCUUUCUAGGGCCAAUUGUAAUCCAAGAUCAAUGGCACAUGAACUUUGAGUCCUUUGCAUUUGAACAAAAAUACAAGAUCUUGUGAACUGCUCCCAGCCAGAAUCAACUUUUAUAUCAACUUCCCAUUAAAAAAUAAAUAAAUGUUUUAGUGUGGGGUAUUAGUUUUGAAACUGUUCACUGCCACUGGUUUGAAACGAGGAUCGGCUCAUCUAAAAUUGGGAAUAGUUUGCAGUGGUGACCGAACGAAUAAGCUGCAUAUGUAUUUGUUUCAGUCCGCCAUAACAGACUGCAUUUUAACCAUCCAAUUUCGCUUGCCCAUCUGUAGAAAAGUUGUAGGAAUUUUCACCGGGUGUGCAGUACACCGCUGCCCGCAGAUAGGCCGCAGCUUGACCCCCCGGGGCGUGCGGCACACCACCGCCCACAGGCAAGCCGCAGCUGUCUGAAUGCCAUGCCCUUGGUCUCACCUUUUGCUUUCUUAGUGGUCUGCCGUGUCCUGUCUGUGACCUUUGCCUCCUUUUGGAGAGGCAUGGCUCACUUUCCACUUGGUAGGAACAUGACGUGGUGGAGCAGGUCUCGCAAAUAUCAGAGAAAACGUGUGUGUCAGCUCAUGAUGUAAAAGGUCAGACUGUUCCUAAAUGUGUGCAUAUUGUACUAAUAAAAGGAGCCUCUGCCGAGCUAGCAAUCAGCUUGCUUACGCACAGCUCACCUGCAACAACAACUCCUGACUUGCGUACUUCACUUCAAAAGUAGCUUGAAUAAAUUAGUGCAGGUGGAUGUGUUUAGUUGUUGCUUUUUUAUUGGCAACAAAAGCUGUAAUUGCUGUUUGAUGACUUCUCUCUCCCUUUCUUAUUCCCUCUGUAGUUCUAAUAACAAACAUACAAACAAACAAACCGUACUGGAGUCUGGAAAGACAAAGCUGCUGAGUCGCUUCAUUCACCCAUAUAGUUAAGUGAAAAUACCUUUGAAUUGUCUAAUAAACUAGAACAGGAGUUAUAAUCCUGCUCUUGUCAGGCACAAGACAGAAUUUUAACUGGAAUAUUUUGAACUAACUUCUGAGUUGUGAAUACAGGGAGAAGAGGAAAAGGGAGUUUGUAGAAAGAGUAAAUAAUAUGAAACAACAGGUUUCAAUAAGAUUCUGUAGUUCUUUAGCAGAACUUAACGCUGAGAUGCAGUCUGGCAAUAUGUCUAGGGUGGUACAAUGGAUUUUGUCACAACAUAUUUUAAUCUGGAUUUUAGUGGAAUACCUUAACUGCAAAUUCUUUUUAGUUCCAUAUUUCAUUCAUUGUUUUAUAAGAUAACGUGUGCUAAUUUUUUCAUGUGUUCCUAAUUCUACUGUAAUAUAUGAAGCACCCUCUGUUGUUGCAAAUUCAUAUCCUGUACAAGUGUUGUAUACAAUUGCUUUCUUGAUGGUGGAGAUGAUGGGCAGUUGGGACAGAGGUGAAGUAAAAUGUAAUGUACACAAACAGUUAAUGAAUUUUCAUGCACUGUUUGGGGCACACACAAAAAAAAAUCCUUCCAGUAGCACCUUAGAGACCAACUAAGUUUGUCACAGUUUCACUAGAAAGAACACUAGGUCAACACUGUGAAACCUCUCAUGACCAUUCACGUAGUGCGGUAUGGAAGAAGAAAAAAUAGGAGUGAUAAUAAUGGUUUAAGCCAGUGGUGUUUUUCUAGAAAAACAGGUGCCAGGAUUGAGUUCCGACUGGGGGGGGGGAAGCCCUGGUUUAAGCCAUUUCCAGGUGUUUUGGAACCCCUGGGCAUGCUAGUCUAGGGGUAUAAAGGUAAAGGUAAAGGGACCCCUGACCAUUAGGUCCAGUCGUGACCGACUCUGGGGUUGCACGCUCAUCUCGCAUUAUUGGCCGAGGGAGCCAGCGUACAGCUUCCAGGUUAUGUGGCCAGCAUGACAAAGCCGCUUCUGGCGAACCAGAGCAGCACACGGAAACGCCGUUUACCUUCCCACUGUAGCGUUCCCUACUUAUCUACUUGCACUUUGACAUGCUUUCGAACUGCUAGGUUGGCAGGAGCUGGGACCAAGCAACGGGAGCUCACCCCGUCGCAGGGCUUCGAACCGCCAACCUUCUGAUCAGCAAGCCCUAGGCUCUGUGGUUUAACCCACAGCGCCACCUGUGUCCCAGUCUAGGGGUACUUCCAGACAAUUGUUAUUUGCAGGUGGGAUUCAAUGGCAUAUUGGCAACAACAAAUUUGCUUCCAAAGAACCUUUGGGCUUUUUGCAGUAAGGACUGGACGUAUAAAGCUUGGUCAACUUUAAGAUCCAUUUCACCUCUUCUAAUGCCCAGUCUAAGGCCUAGACUGGGCAUGCUGUCUAAUAAUAAUAAUAAUAAUAAUAAUAAUAAUAAUAAUAAUAAUAAUAAAUUUUUAUUUAUACCCCGCCCUCCCCAGUCAAAACCGGGCUCAGAGCGGCUGACACCAACAGAAUUACAAUAAAACAUAAAAACAAUUAAAAUACAGAUUAAAAUACAGUAUUAAAAUUUAAAGUGCAGCCUCAUUUCAAGUAGUCCAUAAAUCCAAGCCAUGAGGGAGGAAAACAUGUCUACUGUGACAUGUUUUUUGUUCAUGUUCCUGUGAAGGAAUUUUGUUGCCCAAGUGCAUCUGCAUCUACCACCGAAAGAAACCACAUCCUUUCAUCUGAGUUUUAAAAACAGGCACUUCUCUGCUUUUCUAUAACCGCCUGGUUCUCAGUUGUCCCCUCCGUGGCCAAGAAACCCUUUCCACCACAAUCUGAAUCAUGGCCCUCUCAACCACCUGGCCCUUCCAAUCUGGCGCAACAACUUUGAAAGGCUGUGCAACAAGAUGUACAAAGAGUUAGCUGGGGGGGGGGGGUUACGCUUUUUCUCUGUGGAAAGCAGCUCCAGUGCACUAUGCUCAGUCCCUGGUGGGAAAAUGAAAGUAUGCAUUGCUAGACAACACUCUUGCCACUUGGGGACCAGUUUUGCCUACGCUCCGGGGACUGUUGGCACACCGUUAUUAAUGAGAUUUAACAUGAAAUGGGAAUGUUCCAAAUUGAGAAAGUAUAUGUGUAGAGUGGAGUUUCUCCUAUGCAACUUCACAAGACAUACAAAAAUGAAGUAUGUCAAAAGCCAAUCAAAAAUUGCCUACGUAACAAUGUUUGUUCUGAAGUAUUAAUUUUAUUUAUUCUUGCAGCGCUAUCACUGUGAUUGUCUGAAAAGCAUAUUGCCCACAUGCACACACAAGCCCCUACCAUCAGGAAGAAACCUAGCUCAAUCCUUUGGACUUGCUUUGAGAGCAAAAAGGAAGGACAUUUCACCUCAUUUCGGGUGCUUGCUCCCUUCAGAAGCUUGUUUUCAUGGCUUAUCCCUCAUUUGGGCGGGAGGGACACUGGGAAGGAUCUGAAAACAAACAUAUACAAACACGCCCCUCUUUAUUAGUAAUCACUUUUUCAACCUCCCAACACCUUUCAUUGUUUCUGUGCCUUCUCUUCAUCUCCCCCCACCCCCUGUUGACCAGAAUCCCGAGGAGUGGUCUGUAGAAAACACUAAAGGUGUGAACAUCAGAGCACAAACCAAAGAAGAAUGAAUGCACAACCAUAAACAAUGGAGGCUGGUCCAUUCAAGGAAGCGGACCUGCCCCACCAAACUCAGUCUUCUCUCAGCCAGUACCACCUGACUACCUCCUUCCCUACAGCCAGACUAGAGCAGGGGUCAGCAACCUUUUUCAGUCGUGGGCCGGUCCACCAUCCCUCAGACCAUGUGGUGGGCCAGACUAUUUUUUGGGGUGUGUGUGUAUGUGAAUGAUUCCUAUGCCCCACAAAUAACCCAGAGGUGCAUUUUAAAUAAAAGAACACAUUCUACGUGUAAAAACACGUUGAUUCCCAGACCAUCCGUGGGGCGGAUUGAGAAGGUGAUUGGGCCGGAUCCGGCCCCUGGGCCUUAGGUUGCCUACCCCUGGACUAGAGGGUGGCACUGGCUGUCCGCUUCCUCCUUAAUCUCAAGUGUUGCCUUUCUAAAAUGCAGCAGGGAGGAGGAGGAAGAUAAAGCUAACAUUAGCUCUCUGCCCGUAAUUGUCUCUGGCUCCCCCUACUGUUGGGCUCCUUACCCUUUACCCUACCUAGUGGGCACCAGUCACCACAUACCUCAAUGAACUUCCUUUGAAAAUAUAAGACUUGGGCCACCCAGGUAGGCAUUGGGGCAGGAAGAGGCAGUUGUCAGCUGCUGCUUUUUGUUAGUACCCUAGUUGUAUUUUGUGGUACGUUAUGGUUUCUUCUGGCCACAGCCCGAAACACCCUUAUUAGAUAAUAAGGUCUACUGAAUACUGUGAGACGUACCUCUGCAUCAGCAUGCAUAGGAUUAUGCUGUCCGAGAAAGCAAAUCAAACAGCUGUAGACUUUCUUUAACAUCAUGCCAGCUUCUCCCACGCCCCUUCUCCUAUUUUUAUAGAAUCUCAGAAUUGGAAGGUACCCCAAGGGUCAUUUUCUCCAACCCCCUACAAUAUAGGAAUCUCAACUAAAGCACCCAGGACAAACGACCACCCAUCUUUCAAAGUCUGCUUAACCUCCAGCAUGCUAAGCAGCUAUGAAGAACUCAAAAACCUGCUCACUAUUUUAUGACACUGGUUGGCAUUACUGUAGAUUCUGGAACAUAUGAACUAACGUGGCUGGCUAUGAUUUUUCUCAACAGCCAAUCAAGAGUUUUAUUGAGAGUAAGGGAUUAAUGAUAAAGAGCUUGAGUGCGUGUACCUAACAAAUAGGCUGGCUUUUGCAUGCUGCGCCUGUUGAAUGCUGACAGUGCAGAAUCUCAUUUAACGUUAUAAGCAGGAGAAGAGAUUCUGGAGGCAAUAGUGCUCAAUUUGUGAUGCAAUUGAUCACUACAAAUUAUGGACAAAUUUGUAUAACUGGCUAGGUAAUGGCAACCUCUGCAAAUCUGUACAAAAAGUACGUAUAUGAACUUCACUCUUGUGAACCUGGAAAAUGAAAACAAGCAAUGAUACGUGGUUACUGUUUUGUUCUUGUAAAAUUGGGGUGGCAGCACUUAGAACAGUAAAAGAAAUAAUUGGAUAUGCUUAAAAUAGCACUUUAGAUAUAGGUAAUUAAAAAAAUACACAAAAUAAUCAAGAGAUUCCUUCAUAUGCUGUGUUAGGGAAAUAGGGCAAGCCCUAUGUUCCCUUUAUUUAUUAAAUUUAUAUCCUGCCCUUCCUCACAAAGCAGCCCAGGGCAGCAAACAUAUCUGUGAAAGCGCAAUACAUUUAAAAACAAACAAAAUGUUUUAAAACAAUCAAAAAGCAUAUAAAAGCAAACACAAUAAAACUUUAAUUUAAAAAUAGAUGUAGCCAGAGUGGCUUUGAAAGGGGCUUUUUUUAAAACCAUUUUUCCUAGACUUAAGGAGGCUUGCUAUCACACAGUCUGAGUACUCUUCAUCUGAAAGCACUAUAUUGUUUGACUUUUCACAAUCCGGAGGCAUUUAUAUGUGACUAUUAACUCAAAUGAACUAAUUUUAAGCAUACAGUAGAUGGGUGAAAAUGUGCUAAGUUUACUGCUAUUUCUUGAGUGUUUAAUUAAGGCUGCAACUCUAGAGUCACAUUUCAAGGAGUAAUUCUCAUUAUACACAGUGCCUUACUUCUGAGUAAACAUGCACAGGAUUGUGCUGCGAGUUAGCAUGUGACAUUAAGGUGCCAAUUUAUUCUAGCUUUUGCUACAAUUAGAAUUGCAUACCAAUUCUAAUUUAUUUUUAAAUUAGGGUUGUUGUUUUUUAUAAAAAGUUAAAAGCUACUUAUAAAAAGUACUUACACAAAAGGAAAUGUAUUUUUUAAGAUGGCAUGUCUUGCAACAUAGGAAUGCAUCAAAAUAAAAACUAAAGCUUUGCUUCACAAACAUUGUUCUGAAAUAAUUUAUCAAAUACCUUCUAGGACUGAAAUCUGAAUAGUUAACUACAACCUGCAGAGGGUUUUUUCCAAUCAAUUAAAGUUGCAUUAUUUGCCAAAUGAAUAAAAAAAUCACAUGAUUAAUUGAAAGCUUCUUUUUCCAUGUACAUAAAAACUUAAUAUGAGUAGUCAAAAAGGGUUUCUUCAGUUAAUUUGCAAUCCUAGACAUAAACUUGCUUGUCUAUAGUAUACAUUCCCUUCAUGCCAUGACAAGUUGCCAUGAAAUUCAGUCAAAAUUCAGUGUCCUGCCCUUUAACUAGUACCGGUAUAAGCAUUUGCCGUAGAUAGCAUAUUUGAAAGAUUUUUUUAUAAGUUUAGAUUUACUUUUGUCCCUUUAAUGGGAUCAAAUGGAUCAAUAACAGAGUCAUUUAAUGGUAAGCAUAUAUGGAGUUAGAGAUUAGAAGUGACAAUGAAAGUUUGGGAUCAAGAGAAGUAUAGCAUAGAUAGAGCAGUAAGUCCUAAUAACAUAUGUGAAAGCUAGUAAUCAAACCAGUUUUGUGGUCUGCUCUGCAAAACAAAUACAGAACAACUAUUAGAGCUAAUCUCUAAUGUAAUUUAUACUGUAGGAGCAGUGUACCAGACAUUUAGAAAUAACCAGUAUAGUAUGUAUGUAUCUGUUUAUGCUACAUGUUUAGGUCAUGAUCAAAGUUAUACUGUACUUACACACCCUAAUCCUAAAUGCAUCCACUGGUCCACUGAUUUCAAGGGAAAGCAAAUUUCUGCUUCAGCCGGCACCAUAAUCCUCUUGUACCAUAGGGGAAGCUGGGCUAAAUAAUUUGCAUCUGAGUUGUAUGGGACAAAUAUUUCAUUAUUUGAGAUGCAAUUUUUAAGCCUUAUUCUCAUUCUAUAAAUCUUUGCCCGAUAGUUCUAUAUUAUAUACUUUCUCUUUAAAGUAUAGCUCUUUCAAGCCUGUAUGAGAUUUUAAAAAGACCUGUAUUAUGGUUGAAAAGUAUUGGGGUGAUAAAACAACUGAAGUGUACAAUAGGUUUAGUCUUUUCAUAUUCCUUGCUCUAUGCUUGCAGUUUAGGGACAUGUGCCUUAUGAAAAAAGCUGAAAAUAGUCUGCAGGUGAAGCUACUUUUCUGCUUUUGUAACUAGCAUACCGUAAUACACCAUAGGUGAUCCUGGGGUUUUCCUCCACUAUCAAUUGAGAGUCACAGUGCAACUUUCCUAUUGCUGCUUCUGUUUGUUGUUUGUUGUUUGUUUUGUGGUGCUUGUUUUAUAUUAUUGUUUUUAUGUGAACUGUAGAAAGGUGGCUAAUUAAUUAUAAAGUUGCCUGGCUAAUAUGGAGUUAUGGUUUUAUUAUUAUUAUUUUAAAAAAGGAAUGGAGGCUUAUUGGCAGAAACGCAGCUGGAGAUGCUCUUCUUCCAUUACCCCAUCCCAUGGAUGACAGAUUUCCUGAAAAGGGAAGUUUCUGAUGCAGUCCUACAGCUGGCUAAUUUUGGUAGAGACAACACAUCUGCAUGAUUUCAGCCAGACACAUGAUUGCACAACUAGCAUUGUUACUGCUCUGUCUGUCUGUCUGUUGUGGCUUUGCUCUGACAAAAAAUUUCACACACUCAGAAACCAUACUGAAAACAGUAUGUUUGUUCAAACAGGUGCAGUUGAAGAGUAUAGCAAUGUGAUCUGCAAUGAAAGGGGUCUCAUUCUCUAAUACGUGGGGGGGGGGGGGCGCCAACACUACCGGUACCAAUCUCUAGGCUCUGCCCACGUAUCUGAUAGCAGCAGCGCCUACCAAGCCGCUAGCAUCCUCGCUCCAUUCUACAGGUGCUCACGGGAGUGUUUUUCUGUCAACGCUGGAUGCGGUUAAGGGAAAAAUACUGUAAUACCUUGUGCCUUUUUCUAAAGGCAAAGGACAGAUGCCGGGGUUCAAGGCUAUCUGCAAACCUGAUCUCUGACCUAAACACACGCCUGCCUCAUACCACUCAAAUGAAGACUGGCAGAGAUGCCAACUUGAGUAAAAUAUUGGGGGGUGUUGUUGUUGUAGGUAAGCCCUGUUCUGCACACACACCGCAUUUGAACGGCAAUGCCCAUCAACUUUGGGGGAACAGCGCCCUCAAAUAUUUUAGGGGGGGCGAAGGAACCCGCCCCUAGGAGUUGGCUUCUAUGAAGACCGGUGUUGAGCAGUCUUGCUGACAAUGCAAGCGUGUGUUUUUGUCUCCGGGCUUCUGAGCCAAAGGAGCCGGGCUUGGGCGACCGGCUCUCUGCGCCCUAGCCAGAUCCCUGCAACCGCGCACACGCUGCUGUUCAAGUGGUUCUGUGGACGGUGCGCUUGGUCAGCGCGGAAGAAAAAGCACUCUGCACAUGCUCAGGCGCGCAGCCCUCCGUUUCUGCUUUAGGGCUGAAAGGGGGCUCUGGAGAGGAGGCCAGGUGAGCCCUAGUUGAAAGGACAUCGCGCGCGCGCGCAGAGACGGCGUGGCCCAGGCGACGGAAGAAGGCUCGCUUUGGGGCUGUCCCGUCGGCCUCAGUCAGACGGAGGCCGGGCGCGCCUGCUCUUUCCCUUUCUCUUUAGCGGGCAGGCGAGCGGGCCGGGGGUAGCGCCAGGGCUCAAAGAUGUCUAACUCUAAAAAGAAGCAGAGGUUAGGAAUCGUGACCCCCUGAGGACCCUUGGAUUUUGAUCAAAUGCCUGGAGAAGUUCAGCUGCGCAGGGCAGCUCACCAGCUCCUGUGAUCCUGCCACCUUCGCCUUCCAGAUUCACGGCUCGGGUCCAAACCAUUUUAUUGCCGCAGCCUGUGCCACGAAUGGCUACCCAGAGGAAGCACUUUGUGAAAGAUUUCAAUCCCCAUAUCACCUGUUGUAUCUGUAAAGGAUACCUUAUCAAACCAACUACAGUAACCGAGUGCCUCCAUACUUUUUGUAAGAGUUGUAUUGUGCAGCACUUUGAAGAAAGCAAUGACUGUCCCAGGUGUGGCAAUCAAGUUCAUGAGACCAAUCCAUUAGAAAUGUUGCGGCUGGAUAACACAUUAGAGGAAAUUAUAUUUAAGUUGGUCCCAGGACUUCGAGAACAGGAACUAUACCGUGAGACUGAAUUCUGGAAGAAAAACAAACCUCAAGAAAAUGGAAAUGAAGAAAAUCCAAAAUCUGAAGAUCCCAAAGAUGAUGAAGAUGGAGAUGAAAAUCGAGAUGAUAAAGACUAUCACAGGAGUGACCCACAGAUUGCUAUUUGUCUGGAUUGUUUACGUAACAAUGGGCAGUCCGGGGAUAAUGUAGUAAAAGGACUGAUGAAGAAAUUCAUCCGGUGUUCUACGCGAGUUACUGUAGGGACUAUCAAGAAGUUUCUAAGUUUAAAAUUAAAGCUUCCAAGUUCUUAUGAGCUGGAUGUACUAUGCAAUGGGGAGAUCAUGGGGAAAGAUCACACUAUGGAAUUCAUCUAUAUGACAAGAUGGAGACUACGAGGCGAAAAUUUUCGGUGUCAGAACUGCUCAUCUUCGCAAGUCUGCUCACAGGAUGGCUCUUUUUAUCAGUCUUACCCCAUGGUACUCCAGUAUCGACCCAGAAUUGACUUCGGUUAGACCAAAGGGCCAGAACCCACUGAGAUUGAACCUGCACUAUAUUUACCCAUCGACAGAUUGCACAAUGAAUGGACGUGCCUGGAUUUGGGGGGUGGGGGUGGGAAAACAAGAUCAGAAUUCCAGCAUGCAGAUAUGGACUUUUUCUUCAGCUGAUCAACUAUCUUUCCCCCGUAAUCCAAGUGCCAUUCUCCUACUGAAACAUUCAUAAGAUGUUUGUGACAUCAGAGUUUGCGAGUCAUAGCCAAAUAGUUAAAUGUAUAGUCUGAAUCUCUGGAAUACUUGCUUUGCCUGUUAGAAACCUUCCUUGGUCCAUAACAUUGAUUACAUCGGCAGAGAUGGCCAUCGGCUCUUUCACAUGUGGUGUUGCUGUUCGUUUGUUUUUCCCCACAUUAACUAUCUUACUGAAAAAUGUUGUUUGAAAGUACUGUAUAAAAAGGUUAAAUAUGCCUUUACAUUUUUUGUAUAUAAUACAUGUUUUAGAAAUGUGGUUGUUGUGCCACUAACGUUUUCACAUUCAGUUCCCCAUAGGUCCAGGUAGCUAACUCGUUAGAAUACAGCAGUCUCUUUGCAGAAUUCGAAAUUUUAGAUUUUGUGUCAGAUAAGUUAAAUGCGACCGUUUGUAUUGAAUUGAAAUGGUAUAACGUCUCAUAUCCUUUCAGCAGUGUAUAUAACUUAACCUAGAGUUUUAAAUUGCAGAAAUAGCAAAUCUGUAAACAUGCAGCAGGUAAGGUUAUUUUGUCUUUUUAAAAGUCUAUUACAUAAUAUUUUUUUAAAUAAAAGAAGAAACAGGAAGUGUCAUAAACUGUAAUAUGAAAAAUGUUAGGUAUUUUUUGAAACUGUUGGUGUUGCAGGCUUCCCUUUUCAGAUUUCCUUGAAGGCAAUGUGGGAAAGAGGUAGUUUUGAAAUUGGUGGUCUUAAGUGUGCUAGAUUAGGUCCACUGCACCUAAAUAUAGGUCUGUAUUAUUUUAGUAUAUUCAGUAACACAUCAACAUGUUGUAAAAUGUUAAUGGCAUUUCAACCACAUUUUCGGGUUACAGUAUCUGGAAUCUAAAAGCUAUAGUAGAACUGGUUGUAACACCUGAAACAGAAGCAGAUUUAACACGAUUGACAAAGCUACCUGACCAAAACCCACUGACUGUUCGAGGGAGGGGGGGGGGUUUCCCCUGACAAGCGGUAGUGUUACAAAAAUACUAAUGGCUGCCUUAGGUAUCGCAUGUGCAUUCUUCCUUGUUUAAAAAUGUUGUGCUUUGUUUAUGGAUAUCAUUACAAAGCUAGUAACAUAUUGUUAUUUUGUUUCCUGUCUUCCAUUACCAUUGCACAGUUAAAAGCCAAAACGAUACAGCUGAAUGAUCUGUAGAAGUUUUAAUAAACAGAGUUAUUUGUAGAGUAAACGGCACACUACAAGUAACUACAUUCACUUUCGAAUGCUAUGAUGUAAUUAAUUCACUUCAGGAAAAUACGGCAGUACAAAUACCACAGCCCUAGGAUGUAAAAGUAGGAAGUAGAUGAUGAAAUACUGUAGGCUGUCAUUUCUGUGCCCCACAACGUGAUCAGCGGUGUGUCAGGCACAACAGAGCAGAUGGGAGGAAAAAGGACUAGCUGGACUAAAGCCCAUGCUGGCUUCCUCUAACUUAUACUUGAUGACAGUGUCAAUAACUAUCACCUGUUAAAUGCUCUGGGCAUGGUGCAGGAGUACCACUUGCAUACACUCCUAUUUUGGGUGCAGAGAGCUUGCACCUGCCUAACGCCCCCACCCCCACCCCCUUUCAACAGUUUGGCCUGCCACUCAUGCCAUAUCAAAAACUGAUUUUCUAAUUCACUUCUGUUUCCAAAGCAGUUGUUUCACUGUAUGUGAGCUUGCUGCUUGAGAAGAACGAGUCCACGGCUUCUUUAAGCUCUUGGAACUAGUUAUCUGGAUCUUAGCCAGAUAUUUUUUUACACACACAGGUUAACAUCUAGCAGUGGAUCUAAUUACAUUAUAUAAGCCUACUUCUGUGUAUAGGUUAGUAUUUUAGGAUGUGGCAAAUUCCCCCUUUGCACUGUGUUUCACUAGAAUGAUUUUGGACAUUACCUGGAAGGGCAGGGGGAGGGAAAAGUUAGUGAGUUGAUUUGUGUAUCUGUUUGCAUAGUGCUAGAUGACGCCCGAAGCAAUAGCUCCUGCAUCUUCCUUUGGGUGCAGAUCCAGAAUGUGUGUACUUUGCCAUGGAGAGGAUGUGGGAGUCACCACUUUCCCCCAAAGUGUUCCCCAUAUGUAACCCAAAAGCUUGGAAAGAGAUGCAUAGACCAUAAUCUUCAGCUCUUUUAGGUAACAUCCAAAGAUGCCCUGAAAAAUCUGUCAGUGCAGAUCAGUUGUAUGCACAGUGGCUUGAUUUAAGUUACCGGUACUGAAAUUGUUGCCAUUUAAGAUCUGAAGGAUCUUCCAAUAGCAACAAAUACGGAUUUAUUUUCUUCAUCAGUGCUCUGCCAACUUGAGCAUUGUUAAAAAUUCCCACAGUCCCACAAACAAAAGACUUUCUGAUUUUCACAAAUGGAGUAUGUGCAACUUAUUUCUGAACUAUUUUUUGGUUUCCUGUGCAAAAUGAGCUGUUAAAUCCUUCCUUUGAUUCAUGGAGGUAAAUGUAAUGUUUCAAAACUUCAUUCCAACUGACUUAAAAUACAUUCUCAAAGUAAUCUAUUUUUUUUCUUCUAAAUCUUCAGAAGCCUAACAAUUAUAAACCUUGUGUAAUUAUGUUGUACACUGGCAGAAAAUUUGCUUUUUCCUGUAGAGAAAGGACCAUAUAAAAACAAUAAUUUGGGGUCAGGCUACAAACAUUUUCUACAUCAAUUUCAGGAGCAUCUCAUAUGUUUAGGGCUGGGAACCAACAUCUAGUUCAUCUUAUUUAUUUAUUUAUUUAUUUGCAUUUCGUUUUUAAAUAGCAUAACCUUGAUUAAUGGGAUCAAAUAUUUUCCACUUGAAGAAAAAGCAUGGAAAUCCAAGACAGACUUGUGAGCUGUGAAACUAAGAGCCUUAAAAUGUUUCUUGCACAUGUAACCUCUUUGUGGCUUAUACCAUUGCAUUUCUGGUUCAGCUGAAUAGUGCCUCUACAGAGUUGGUUGGGUAAUUGUAGGAAGGACCACCAAGUGUAGUCAUCUUCUAUACAACUUUCUAACUUCUUAGUUCACUGACGAUUCUACCCAUUUGUUCAUCUGGUCACCCCUAAAAUAUAUUUAAUGGUGUACCAAGAACAAAUUAAAUAUGAAAUAUCAAUAGAGCAUGAUCACAGGCUUCUUGUGUCAGAGAAACAUUGCAUAAAUGAAGAUGACCAUGCACACAGAGAUAUCCAUAGCCAAACUAACUGGGGGUUAAAAAAUAAUAAAAUCAAACCUGACAAUGGCUUCACUGUUUGCUCACUUCCUAUAAGCCUAGUAUGUGCUGAGGAUUCUCAUUCCAAGCCAUAUUUUCUAUUGGGAGAGUUCAUACCUCAGCAAUAAAGCACAUGAUUUACACGCAGAAGGUCUCAUAUGACAUCUUCAGUUAAAAUUAGGAUAGAAAAGACUGCUUCCUGGAGAGUAGCUGAGAGAAAAGAGUGGACAAUACUGUACUGGGCUUGAUGGGUAAAUAGUCUAGCCAGCUUCCUCUGUUCUGUGAAAGAGAAUCGCUCCAUGGACAUUGUAGCUGUUUCCCGUGUGCAGGCUGGGCAUUUUCUUUUCACAGAAGAAAUGGAAAGCUUUUAAUCUCUCCCUGGGCAUUUGAAACUACUGUUCUGCAUGCCCAGCCCAAAGAAUUGUAACACUGCUGUGCCCACAAGUAAGCAGUAAAUAGUAUACAAGCUUAGGGCAUAAAGGGAUCCCUAUAGGAUAAGACAUGAGGUUACAUACGUAGAUUGUUUUUGCAGGACUGAAGCAAUGCUACAGUUUUAGAUUCAUCUCUUGCACAGAAAUAAAGGUUCUGCCUGGUUUCUCGUCCCUCGAACGAAAUUUCAACUAGCUAGUAAUGUGUAUUUUUUGAAGGUUUCAUGCCAAAUGAUUUACUUUCUUUUUCUUCUUUGCUGGCAUUCAAUCUCAAAUGCCUAUAUAAUGCAAUACUGUUAAAUUAGAAUAAACUAUGUAGUGUAAACACACAGAGUUUUCCUAGAUUAAAACCCCCAGUUUUCCCAGAUUAAAAUGGUAAUUCAAGUUGUUCACACAAAACUGCUUUAAAGAUUGCAUGGGAAUGGUCCUCUUCUACAGUUUAGGAUAGACGUGUGUGCUGCUUCUGGACAAUUGAAAUAUAAAGUACAGUAUACAUUUUCAUGGCUGUUCUUGACUCUUGACAAAGUUAAGUGUUAGGCUGAAUGUGCUAAGUGACACUCUGCUUUUCUUGUGGCAUCUUUUAUGCAAACCAGUGUGUGAUAAGAAGAGAAGGGCAUUUCUGCUUUAUACGUAUUUCCCAAGGUCAAUGAGUGAUAAGCAAGCAGGAUUAGUAAUUUGAGAGAGAGAGACCAAUAAAUAUUCCCAGAAUGCUUAGUUAUCUUUGUAAAAGAUGACACAAAAACACACGGGGCUUAUUUCCCCUAUGAAUGGAAUUUCUGCAUUUAUUUUAUUUUAUUUUAUUUUAUUGGCAAGGGGUUCAUAUUUAAUGAUGAUCUUAGAUGCUGGAGAGUGCCUGAAGGUCUCUGUUGCUUUAAAAUUGGUCCUAAGAAAUGCUCACUUACAAAAAAGGUACAAAGGCUUUUGCUUCAGUGCUGGUGGCUCUGCUAUACCUGGCCUAUGAACCAAAAACUGUGCCCUGUCAAUCUUGUAAAUCUGCAAAGCACAAAAUACUGAUCAAACUAAUUUCAUUCAGCCUUUUAAAAAUAGCUUUGAGGUUUAGUUACACAACCCUUAGCCAGAAAGAAUAGGCCUGGAGUAUGUGACAAGGUACCGGUAUUAAAAUCCAUUUUACAGAUAUUUGUAGUAUUUUUGUUUGUUUGUUUGUUUUAGCAGAGAACAUUGCUUUCAAUCAUGUCUGUUCUGUGGGUUAGCAAAUAAGGCAACACUGUGUUAUGCAUUAUACACAACAUAGUCCAUUUUGAUACAUCUUUUCAAAGUAGUUUUAACUUUAAAAAAAAUACUGAACUUUAAAACUUGUCUACAAAAUUAUAUUUGCUUUCUAGACUAGAAAAUAAAAAUACAUAGAUUAGCCUACCACAUUACAGUCAGCCAUUGAAAAGAGAAACUGUGUGGCAUUAAAAAAUAAUAAUCCAGGUAACUUCUUGAGGGCUGUAUUCCUGUACACACUUACUUCUGGGUCAGCCUGCAUAGGAUGGACUAUAAGUGUCCUUGCAUAAGAUGUGAGCUGCUUCCACCUGGCAGUUUAUUGUGGAUAUAGUGCUGCUCAUGUAUGCAAGUUUUGUGGAGUGUCCACACAACAUCCUUAUCAAAAUGUCAUCCCAUGAUAUUUUCCCUUUUAAUCUGGAUUUGCUGUUUUCGCAGAAAAUCUGAUAAGUAAAGAAAAACCCCGCAGAAACAGUUAAAUCUGUAUUAAAUUGGGAGGCAGGGAAGGAUAUGGGUUGGCAUUUUGUUGAGGAAGAUCUGGAGACGCAGCAACAGAUUUGCAUCAAUGAGCAGCACCAAGUCUAAAAUAAACUGCCUUGAGAAUCACAAGUGGUAGGGACCAGAGAAGAGAGAGAUUAGUUGUUAUUCUUCUAAACUUCUUUGUAUGUAGUUGGUGGUUAAAUCGGUACUCUAACGGCUCUUGCAGUAUGUAGAGAACUACCGGUAAUUGCAUAAUAUCCCAUUGUUAAUUUUCUUUUCAAGUAUGAACUAUUUUAAGCCUUUUCUUUUUCUGUGUCAAAAGUGGUAACAUAAUAAACCUUUUUGUGGUUGUAAAGUUUAGCUUAUGAAUCAUUCAAAUUGAAGUGAAAAAAAAAAUCCAGGUCAUUAUUAAUGACAGACUAUCCUAUUUAGGAAUAAAUGUAUUUUUGUAAAGGAAGUGCACUUGUAAAUAUUUACUCUGUUAUCUGUUAUCUGAUAUCUAUGUUUUGUUUUGUUUUGUUUGGGGGGGGGAAAUGCCUCUUAGGGGGUCGCCUAAAUAUUUUUAGGUUUGUGCUAAAAUGGAUUUCCUUUGCAUUUGUGGCAUGUUCAUUCUGUACAUAGCUGAAUAGUUACAACUGGGCUAAGCACGUUUUAUAUCUGGACUUAGCUAAGUAUGUCUUGAGUAUGCCACAGAGUCUUUCAUUAAAUCUGCCUGAAAGCAGAAUAUGCAUUGGUGCUGUGUUUCCAUCAUUGAUAUUAGCUCCCUUCUGCCUUACAGCAUUCCUACCAUUGUCAUCAUGUUAUAACAAACUUCUGGAUUAAUUAACUGUGACAGUCACACUCCAGAUUGAGGUAUCACUGGCUGCUUACUUUCUGUUUGCAGUUUAUAAUAGGAUUGUGAGCUUUGGGUAUCAAAAGUGGUGAGCCAGGAGACAGAGGACCCCUCCAGAUGACCUCUUUAUUGAGCAUUCAUCCCGCAGCAGUUAGAUCAGGCCCUCCAGAUGUUUUGGCCUACAACUCCCAUGAUCCCUAGCUAACAGGACUAGUGGUUGGGGAAGAUGGGAAUUGUAGUCCAAAACAUCUGGAGGGCCGAAGUUUGGGGAUGCCUGAGUUAGAUUAUAUCUGGUCUUCACUGAACAUUUGUAGUGAUUUGUCUGCAUUCGUCCUACUUUGCUUGUUGGUCAUCUACCUGUCAACUGUUCAUCUCAGACUUUUCAAUGUUCUUCCUGGUCACUUUCCUAACCACAAAAGUCCAUUUUGUUUUAAAAGUGGGCUUGCUGUAGUAGGGGAACAGAGCACCUCAGUCUGCUUCCAUUGCUCACGCCUGGAGUUUUGGUAUGCACUUUAAUCUUUCCCACAUAUCCCUGACAGUGUGGAGGCACGCAGAGCAAGAGCAAGUAAGGCCAAGACUAAAACAAACAAACAAAACUCCUUGUGAGUUAGGGCAGAGCUUGGACUCAGGGCAAGAUGGCAGAGAUUGAAGCUGGUGGGUCAUGAUGAGUGGAGGCUGGCAAGCUCUGAAGUCAGCUGGCUAUUUAGCCCCCAAUCCUGAUUAUUUUAACAGAAGACCGUUUUACCUCUUGGCCCAAUAAAAGGCUGGCUGCUUGGCAACCAGGUUAUAAAACACGUUCUCAUAUCCAGUCAAUAUUUCAGUGAACUGGGGUGGGGGCAGGGACAAAUGAUCCAAAUAUAUAUUUUUCUAGUGCAGGUGGGUUGUAUACCUGCAUAUUUUGAAAAGCUGUUCCCUAGGAAACUGCUGUAGGAACACAGAAAAGGUUUCAGCUGCAAUUCUUGAACGAUUAAUACAAAGCGAAGAGGGGGGGUUGCUGUAUGAAAAGAAUUGAGAUGGGGAAGGUACUUAAGCUAUAAGGCUAGAGUUAGCCAUUGGAAAUUGUGCAGUAGCUGGAAUUUAGUCCUUUUAAAAUCUUAUCUUUUUGAGCCAAUCAAAAUAAAUAAAUUACUACGCUAUAGGAUGAAGGUGGACGUCAACAACCCUGGAACUCAGGCUUGUGGUCAGAUUCUGAUAACUUUAAUUCUGAGAUGUUGCCUGAGCUGAAUCCCUUUAGAAUAGCAGAACUCCAUGACGUUGCAUAUAAUCUCUUUGAUGGAAAUGCUGUAUAGUAUAUCUGAACACAUGUGGCUGACCCAGUUUCUACUUUCACUCUUGAAUGCUUUAACUGAUUGUUAAUCUUUAUUGUUUUGUCUGUUUUCCCUGAGAAUUCUUAGUUCUCAACCACUAUGCCAGAGAAUUUGUUAAUGACUUUUAAUGUUGUGACAUUAUGACCUCCAGUUACUUUCCCUGAGCUGGAUUACAGCCUGCAAAACACAUGCCUGCCCGAAAAACAAUGGCUGCCAUUAAAGCUACCUGAGGCAAGGUGUAGAUGUUGCAUUCUAUUAUGAUCAAUGUUUUUGGUGGCUGCUUGUCGUUUUGAAGUCUGAUUUGUAUCAGAAGGCAAUACCAGUAAAAGCCACAGCAGCAUGUGCACAUUAUAUAAACUUGGCUGAAUAAAUGUGUUAUUAAUCAGCCGGGGUGGGGUGGGGCAGGGAGUGUACAAAGAGUACUAGCCCACACAAAUUUGCACUAGUCCACUUAUCCACAACUUAUUAUGUAAGUAUGUAGAUGGAUUAAGGAAGAAUGAAUGAACCAAAACUCCUCAAAUUUAGUGAAUGUUCCCUUUCUAGCAUGCCCGCAGGUGGUUCAUACUUGCAAUGGGCAAUCAGAUUAGUAGCCGUUUAAAAGCCCUGUCAUGAAUUAUAUUACAUGUUACUUACCCAUUUUAAUAAUGGAGAUAAUGGUUCAAAGUUUGUGUUAAAUGCUAAUAUCGAGGAUGUUCACAGCACUAUUGUAAGCUGCUGAUGGAAACCACAUCUUGUACGGCCCAUAUGCUGCAAUAUGCUUCUGGCCCAGUUGGCUAAAAUCCUAUAAAUAAAUAUCAAGUUGGGCAAGUUGUAUAGCUCCUUUGCUUGUUAGCCCUGAAUUGCUCCUUUCUGAAAGCAAUAAAUAUAUUCAUGUUGUAACAUCUGUUGUGCAGCCUACAGUAAGAGGCAUUUUGUUGCACUUUUGUUUUCUAUCUAAUUUAUUUUGUGCUAUAAAAAGAAUUAUUUGGUUCAUCUGAAAA